AUGCAGAUUCGGGUGAAGUGCAGUUGCGGAGAGAGCAACUGCCCAGAAUGGGCGGUGGUCGAAUUGCAAGGGAUGGUGGAGGUUCAGUCCCAAUUUCAAGAUCGCCUCCACAACCUCCACAUCGGCCUCCUCUGCCGGCCUUCCGCCUCCUCCCAGGACCAAACCUACACAUUUACUAUUGGGUAUCACGAAUUGACAGGGACCAAACAGCCCUUGAAGAAGCCACUCUUGGUCUUAAGGAAACUCAAGCCCUCCCGAGACGCAGGGGUAGAAUUGGAAGUCAUCGGAAUUAUUCGCCACCGGAUUCUGUUCAAGACCAGACCUAUGGCCCUCAUUUCCAAACCACAACCAGCAGUGAGGAAGAAUAAGAGCAGCGAGCAAAUAGCAGCUCAGUUCAACUCCGUGCCUUGA